AUGGGUUCACACAGCUCCCUUGUCCGCCGCACUCUCCCCCGACAGCUCCCUCUCUUUCCCUCCACUCCUCUCUCCCGCCCGUCAUGCUCUCCCCCAUCCGGGCCAUCCCAGUUACCCCAUCCCCACAGGAUAGGAGGAAGAGGACCCCCCGGAGCAGGCGCCUCAAAGCCACUCCCGCACUCCCCCACCUUCCCACUUGCGCCCGUGCUCUGCCCCUUCGCCCUCUCACCUUCCUCCCCUGUUGCUGCAUCCGCACAGGAGGAGGACCCACCGGAGCAAGUAGAGGCGAAGCUUCAGCAGCUGCUGCGGCUGGUGCUGGAGUGCCAGCAAUUCGGGAAAGCGAGGGACAACAGCCAAACAGCAGCAGCGGCCGCAGCAGGAGCAGCAGCAGCCGCAGAAGCAGCAGCAGCGGCGGCAGGGGCGAUAAAAAUGAGAGGGGGGGUGGUGGUUCACAGCGGGGCAGGGCUUAGCACAGCAGCAGGCAUUCCGGACUUUAGAGGGCCCAAGGGCGUGUGGACGCUGCAGGGGGAGGGACGGUGGGAGGAAGCUGCGGCGGCCAUGGGGAGAAAGUACGAGGAAGCUUCGCCCACGGUGGGGCACAUGGCUGUGGCAGCGCUGCUCAUUGAGACUUGUGCUUUCCCUCUCACCUCCCUCUCACUUCCCAUCUACCCAUACUCCCUCCCGUCCACCUUCCCUCCUCACCAGUGGACGUCCUUCUCUCUACAAGCAGCAUCCCAUCAGACCGGCUAUUGGAGCUGCACGGUGGAUGGCCUUCACUCCAGAAGCAGAAUCCCCUCAAGCUGUUUAUCUGAGCUGCAUGGGUCGGUGUACCGGGAGAGGUGCAAAGAGUGUGGGGCCAAGUACCUGCGUCCAUUUGAUGUCACCGCGGCUAGAGGCUCCUCCUACCACCGCCACAAGACCGGACGGCUGUGCACUGCCGUGGCUGCUGCUGGCGCUGGUGCUGCUGCAUGUGCCAGUGGUGCUGGUGUUGCUGCUAAAUCAGCUCACGCUGCUGUUGAUGCAUCAGCCAGGUGUAACGAGAGGGAGGGGAAGGAGGUGGAAGAGGAGGAAGAGGAGGAUAAGCAGCAGAGGGUGCCACGUGUUCAGAAUUCCGUUCAAGAUUCUGUUAAGAAUCCUGUUCGGAAGCCUAGAAGUUCUGCAAAAGUGCGAGCUCAGGUGUCAACAGGAGGAGGGCGCGGUGUGAAGGAGGAGAAGCAGGAGGUGGUGGUGGUUGCGGGGAGGAAGUGGCAUGAACCUGGACCGACGGACUUAGAUAAUUUUGACGAAAGUCCUGGAGUGGUGCUUAGAAGGGGGGGGCAUGAGGAGGAUAAAGAGCGCCAUGCAAUGAUGAAGGAGGAGGGUGGUGCGAGGAUGUGUUACAGUGGAGCGACUGGCAAGGGAUGGGAUGAGGGGGAGGAAAAUCAUAGAAGGGAAGAGGAGGAUAGGAAGCAACAGAAGAGGCGAGAGGAGGUGAAGGAUGAAGUAACAAGAGAGUGCGUGGGCAGGGGAGAGCAGGAAGAGGAGAAAGGAGAGAAGGGAGGAGGGGAGGAGGAGGAAGAGGAGGAAGAGGAGGAGGGAGGGGAGGAGAGGCGUGAGGAUGGGGCCGUAUGCAGGGGCGAGUUGGUGGAUUCGAUAAUGCACUUUGGAGAGAGGAUAGAUGAUGAGGAGUUGAGUAAGGCGAGAGAAGCGAGCAUGGGCGCACAUGUGGCGCUCUGCCUUGGCUCCUCCUUUAAAGCGCCCAUGUGUGCAUGGAUUGAGGCGCCCAUGUGUGCAUGGAUUGAGGCGCCCAUGUGUGCAUGGAUUGAGGCGCCCAUGUGUGCAUGGAUUGAGGCGCCCAUGUGUGCAUGGAUUGAGGCGCCCAUGCGCCCAUGUGUGCCCAUGAUCAUCAACCUCCAAUGCACCCCUCUCGACCGCCAUGCUUCCAUCACCAUCCGAGCUCGCAUCGACGCCGUUCUGCCCCGCCUCACUCUCUUCCUCCCUCCCCUGACUCCCACUAUGUGCCGCCAGCCAGCAAACUCUCCCACACUUAGCGACUCGUGUGGUGAUCAUCAACCUUCAACAGACGCCCCUCAACUGCCACGCAUGAUUACCCUCCACCUUCCUCUCCUCCCCUCCUACCAGGUGCCUCCAGCCAGCAAGCUCCCGCGUUUAGCAACCCACCUGGUGAUCAUCAACCUUCAGCGCACCCCUCUCGACUGCCAUGCAUCCAUCACCAUCAGAGCUCGCAUCGACACUGUUCUCUCCCGCCUGCUGCACCUGCUGCACCUCCCCCUGCCCGCUUACCACCGCCACUCUGAUCCCCUCCUCUCCCUCCCCAGCACCCCCCUUCUAUCCUCCCUCUCACACGGCCCUCACCUCUCCCUUUCUCCAUCUCUGAAGCUGAAGCUUUCUAAGCCCACCGCUGGAUCUCUGAAGCUGUCUAAGCCCGCCGCCGGUUCUGUUCUGAGCAAGGAAACUGGAGAGGAGCAUGAGAAAUAA